GUGCAACUCCCUUGCGGUCCGCCGGGCUGGGCCCUCAGGUGGUUUGAACUUUGAACCUAUUGUCCUGAUGAACAGUUUCGAUUUCUUCAAGUUGAUGACAUUUGGAACUUGAAGAAUUGGAGGUUUAUGCAAUUUGAGACUGUCAGAACGGUGACGCGCUCCGAGUACUAACAGCCAGAGAAUAAAAUGGCUUCCAGAGGAAAGACAGAGACAAGCAAAUUAAAGCAGAAUUUAGAAGAACAGUUGGAUAGACUAAUGCAGCAAUUACAAGAUCUGGAGGAAUGCAGAGAAGAACUUGAUACAGAUGAAUAUGAGGAAACCAAAAAGGAAACUCUGGAGCAGCUAAGUGAAUUUAAUGAUUCACUGAAGAAAAUCAUGUCUGGAAAUAUGACUCUGGUAGAUGAACUGAGUGGAAUGCAGUUGGCUAUUCAGGCAGCUAUUAGCCAGGCCUUUAAAACCCCAGAGGUCAUCAGAUUGUUUGCAAAGAAACAACCAGGUCAGCUUCGGACAAGAUUAGCAGAGAUGGAUAGAGAUCUGAUGGUAGGAAAGCUGGAAAGAGACCUGUACACUCAACAAAAAGUAGAGAUACUAACAGCUCUCAGGAAACUUGGAGAGAAGCUGACCGCAGAUGAUGAGGCCUUCUUAUCAGCAAAUGCUGGGGCCAUACUCAGUCAGUUUGAGAAAGUCUCCACUGACCUUGGCUCUGGAGACAAAGUUCUUGCCCUAGCAAGUUUUGAGGUUGAAAAAGCAAAAAAAUGACACAGUGUGGAAGCUUCUGAUAUUGAUCACAUUCUUACUGUAAAUGGUGUUUUUUUCUCCUGAGGAUUUUGGGUCAUUGGAAAGAGUCUCAAAAUGCAUUAAUAUCCUAAGAAUGGUGACAUGAAAACAUACUAUGGCUUCUGUUUAUGCUCUUCCUCAUUCUACUUUGUAUAGGGCUCCCUGCUUGAGUAACCCUGGACUUGUUGGGAUGGUGGGACUCACUGAAUUCAUUCAUUAUGGUUUGUCUGUGUGAGAGACAGAAUAGAAAAUGGACUUCCUGUUUUUUUUAGGCUUCAUAUUUUUAAUUGCUUAUAGUGAGUGGGAAGAUGUGAACUAAUGAUCCUUUUCUGUUCAUAACUAAUCUCCACUCUUUAGAGUGAGCAUUGCAACAUCACUAGACUUCACAUGUGUUCAUAGAAUUCAGAGUCUAAGUGAUCUUAGAAAUAAUUUUCAUUUUACAAACUAGGAAAUUGAGACAGAAAGAGCCAAAUGAUUUGCUGAAAGUCACAGUAGAGACUUGGGAUAAGAUUUCAGUGUCCUGACUCCAGUUAAUCACCCAUGAGUUUUAUUUCUUUAUUCUGUCCUGUUUUUUUUUUUUAAAUAAUUGACUUGUAUUUGUGCAAGUCAGUAUCUGUGAAAACUCUAGGUCCCAACCCAAAGUUAGCUGGACACUAGGGAUGUAGAUCUCUAGCCUGUCAGCUCGGCAUGAAUGGGGCCCAUUGUAUCCCUGAAUUUCAAGCUCAGAACAAUGGGAGCCCUGUUGAGAGUCUCCUGAAGUAACUUAACCUCCUGUGCUGUGUCACUAGGGAAGCAAUAGGAAAUGGCAGCUAUGAACCCUCCUUGUGUGUAACCUCUUGCCAGACUCAGAGGGUGGUAACAGUAAACUACUAUCAACUCUCCAGUCUUCGGAGAGACACAAAAUAAGUUAUGAGGAAAAGUAAGCUUCUCUCCUGGGUGUCUGAGUCUGGGCAAUAGCAAACACAUAAUUGUGUCCCUAUGCAUGUUCAUCAGCUUUGGCCAUUUUAUAUUUUUUCAUGUGUUUCUCAGUAUUCUCUUUCUUUGCACUUUAUACAAAUUAAAAGCAUUUUAAACACUUCUUGUAUACUAUAAACUCUACUAGGUGCUUUGUCAACUGAACAAAUUAGGGGACCUCGGCUACAUUGAUGCCUUAUUUGGAACUUUUAAUGAUUUUUAUUGUUUUUGAGACUGGGUCUCUAUAGUCUUGAACUCCUGUGCUUCAGUGAUCCUGCCUUAGCCUCCUGAGUAGCUGGGACUACAGGCAUGUAUCACGGUGCCUGGCUAAUGGGUUAUUUUUUUAUAUACUGGUUUAUGACCAUCAAAAACUUACCGAAAUUGUGACAAACUAAGAAAAAGCAAGUUACUGGCUAUUCAUCUAGAACUUUUUGAUUAUCAUUUCAUUUUUCUGUGCUUUUUAAAUGGAGGUAGAUUUGUAUAACAAAAAAUUCACCUUUUUUUUUUUGGUACUGGGGAUUGAUCCCAAGGGCACUUAAUCAUGGAGUCACAUCCCCAGCCCUUUUUAUUUUUUUAUUUGAGACGACAGAGUCUUGCUUCAUUGCUUAGUGCCUCGCUAAGUUACUGAGGCUGGCUUGAACUUGUGUUCCUCCUGCCUCAGCCUCCUGAGUUGCUGGGGUUACAGGAGUGCACCGCUGCGCCUGACUCCACCAUUUUAUAGUGUCCAGUUCAACGGCAGUUGGCAGUUCACAGGGUCACACAGCCACCUCCAUUCUCUAUUUCUGAAGCAAUUUCAUCACCCUCAAAGGAGUCCUUGAACCUCGCAAGCAGAUAUUCCCCAUCCCCUCUCCUCCCAGCCCUGCGGCAACCGUUAGCCUGCUCUCUGCUCCACGGAUUUAUCCAGCCUGUAGAUUCCAUGUAAAUAGACUCAUAUAUUAAGUGACCUUUUUGUAUGUCUGGCUUCUUUCACUUAGUGUAUGUUCAAGGUUAAUCCACAUCAUAACAUGCAUUUUGUUUCUUUUUAUGGCUGAAUACCACACUUUGUUUUUUUCAUGUAUUGAUGCAUACUUGAGUUGGGUUGUUUUCACCUUUUGGCUGUUGUGAAUAGUGCUGCUGUGAAUAUCUGUGUACAAUUACUUGUUUGAACACCUAUUUUCAGUUCCUUUGGGUAUAGACCUAGGAAUGGAAUUGCUGUAUAUUCUUUUGUUUUUAAAUGGUAGCAAGAUUCUUCCCUGCAUCUGCCCCUAGUAAACUAGGAAAAUAAUGAAUAUUUUACAUUUGAAGGGAACUUACAUGAAUCUGGAGUCCUUAACCUUGGUUCUCCUUAAGCCUUUAUUACCAACAUCUGAAAUAUCUUGUCAUUAAUCACAUUAGUGAAUUCAAUUUAAAGUUAUCUUCCUUUAUAGGAAGCCAAGUUUGCAAUGCCAGCAAGACCCCCCACACUGAUAAUCAUGGGUGCAUAACCUUCUGUUGGGUACUUCAUUUUUUGAGCCUCACUUUUCUUUUCUGUUCAAUGGGAUAAGACCUACCUCAUAGGAUUAUUGUGCAUUCCCCUCUCUUAAUAAGAAAAAAAGUUUUGUGUUGGAGUUAAUCUACCAUUUAAAAGCUCUUCGUAAGAACCAUAUGAUAGAUUUUGUUUCACAAAUUUGAUAUUCAGAAUAUUAAAUAUUAAGAUGAAAACUGCAUUUGCAAUUAUUAAAUGACUUGUAAACUAUGUUUCCUAUUCACCUUUUGCUACUUUUUAGAUCCCUUUGGAAGUUGUAGUAUCACUAAGACAGCUAUAUCUUUCAACAUUCUUUGGUUGGGCUAAUAUUUUGGCAAAAAUUCCUGUAUUUCUCAAAGUACUAUGGCUGACGCAGAGAUAAGUUCCAAUGAGCAAGCCACAAAAUGAGUGUUUUAUUUUAUCCUCUGAGUGGUAAAUAGAUAUUCUAGGUGGAUGGUUUUUCAGGAAGAAACUGAGGGAUAGAAGGAGUUACUCCCAGGAAAGAGUUGGAAUUGGAACAAAUGGAUUAUUAGAUCUUCUGUUAAAGAUAUUCAGCCAAGAAGAGGUCGUCUUUAACAAAAGGAAAGACUGUAUAUCUCCACCACUGAAAUGGUGUCUUACUACAGUGAAUGAUGAAUAAUUUGAAAUUAUUACAGAACAAAUAAACCCAGACUAUUUUGCCUAGAA